ACAGGACAGGCCUAAGUGCAAGAUAUUUUAUUGAGGCUGUGAAAACAUAAUAUUUUUUCCUACUUUAAACUAGAUUACUUUCAAAGAGUGCGUUUCGUAUGAAAAAUCAUGGCAAAAUAUAAGAUAAUAUAUUUCAAUCUUAUGGCGAGAGCUGAGCUCGCUAGAUUGAUCCUAGUUCAAGCUGGUGUUGAGUUUGAAGAUGUCAGGGUCACUCAGGAAGAGUGGGCAAAAAUGAAACCAGAUACUCCUUUCGGCCAACUUCCUUUACUGGAAGUAGAUGGAGUUCAAUACUGCCAAAGCCCUGCUAUUUGCAGUUAUCUUGCACGAAAAUACAACCUUUUGGGUAAAACCCCAGAAGAAACUAUGAGAGCUGAGAUGAUAGGAUUCUGCAUGGGAGAUAUGAUGAUGAAACUCCCAUUUACAGAAAAAGACGAAAAAAAGAAAGAAGAGGCUUUUAAAGAAGCAUUCACGACUGUCAUUCCACCGUUGUUGCAAAAACUCGAAGCUCUGCUGAAGCAAAACGAUGGCGGAGAUGGAUAUUUUGUAAGCCAGCUGUCGACUGCAGACUUAGCGUGGAUGAUGUCAUCACAUUUUUUGGGGAAAAUGUGCCCAGAUUUGUUGAAGACCGUCCCAAAAUUGUCUGCGCUAGCAAAGAAAAUUGAAGACUUACCGAAAAUUAGUGAAUGGAUUGAGUCAAGGCCUCAAACCCCAAUGUGAGCCGUUUACAUCACAAUUUGACAACAAGGCUAAUUGAGUUUGAAAUCAUGCGCUGCUGCUGCAGAUGAAGCCAUACCUAGUCAAUUAUUAUUCACGUUAUGCAAUAUUUUGAUAAGAAAGCAAACAGUUUGUGAUCUAUUUGCAGCAUGUUAUAAAAUGACUCAUCAUUUCAUGUCUGCCUCCUGAUUGGUUGAUUAUCCGCCGAGUUGCAGAUUAUAUCUGUCUAUGCGCAGUAAAAUUGAUUCUCUUGCAAACUGUACAGAAGCAUCAUGCCAACUUUAUAUUUAUCUCCCGUCAAUAUGAAAUGAUUGAAUAUUUUUACCAUGGAUUCGCUUCAAGAUUAAUAUAUAUCGCAGCUCAUAUCCUAUCUAUGCAUUAUCUUUCCAUCGGCUAAUUUAAGCAAAUAAACAGCAUCGAA